AUGGCUGGCCACGAAUAUUCGGCUGUCGGCGGAAGUGGCAAGCUCAAGCUCAAAGGCUCCGCUUCCAAAGUCAAAGACGGGCGAGUCGACAAGAAGAAAAAGAAGGACAAGGAGAGAAAAGAGCGAAAGGGCGACAAACAGGAUCUUGCCCCAGACGCUGAUGCAGCACCGAAAGGUCCUGGCGAUGAGGACAUAGAGAGGGGCGAAGCAGAGGAGGAAACAGACGAAAAGCGACCCGUCUACAAGACCGAGGCGGAGAGGAAGUAUGAAGAGCAACGAAAGAAAAAGCUUAAUGACCGUCUUCUUCGCGAAGGCGUGAAGACGCAUAAAGAACGAGUCCAGGAGCUGAAUCGGUACUUGAGCACGCUGAGCGAGCACCAUGAUAUGCCUAAAAUCGGCCCAGGGUAA